AUGUACUCGCCCCAGGCCCUCGCGCGCAUGCAGACGGUGCAGACGCUGCUGCGCCAGGACGCCGCCCUCAGUGCCUACGAGGCGCCCCAGCGACCCUGCCCCGUCGCCAUCCACUGGGUCCCCUCCGCCCUCGACCUCCGCCCGGGCGAGCUCGACGCCUGCCUCGGCCUCGUCCACGCCACGUCGGGCCACGACUACGCGGCUUCGGCCAUGGGCUGGGACCCGCGCAGGAAGCGCGACGAGAUGCUCGACGCCGACAUGAUGUAUCUGCUGCUGCGCCCGGCCCAGGGCGGCCCCGACGCCAUCCUCGGCUUCACCUCCUUCAUGUUCACCCACGACGACCCCCCGCACCACGACCGCCCUGUCCUCUACAUCUACGAGAUCCAUCUCCACGAGCGCCUGCGAGGACAGGGCCUCGGGUCCCGCCUCAUCCAGUUCGUCGAGAGCGUGGCGCGCGCAUGUCACAUCCCCAAGACGAUGCUGACCGUCUUCACCGCAAACACGCGCGCAAAGAGCAUGUACCACAGCCUGGGCUACACCAGGGACGAGUGCAGCCCCGACGACAGGACCACGAGGAACAGGGUCAUCCCCGCCGAAUACGCCAUCAUGAGCAAGUCGAUGGACUGA